AUGGCGACCCAUCUCGUUGUCUUCCUGACGCUGCUUUACGGCUGCUUGGGCAGCGAGGCUCGAAGCGAUGUUGCUGGGCGCGUGAGCUGUGACAAGGCAUCGGCACAGAUUCAUGUGGCCACCUUUGCCAGUGAAAUCAACGUCGCAAUGCUCCCGUUCUUAGCUUCAACGUUGUUCCACCUGGGUCGUGUCGUCCUAUUGGAUGAUGGUCAAGGAUCCAGCUGGCCGCCCUGGAAGAAGCUUCCGGCCUAUCGAGAGUAUCUCUGGAAGCGUCUGGGUCCAUCGCAGAUCUGCGACUUUGUCUUCUUCCUGGUGGUGAAGGACGUCUUCCUUCAACGGCAGAAUUGGUUGCUGCAACUGCUUCCGUCGACACAUUGA